UACUAAUUAAUCGACUUAUUCGAAAGCCUUGGCCACACUGUCUUCAGAACAGCUGUUCUUUAAAAGUUAAAAAGGAAUUAACAAAUUUAUAUGAAAAAUAGAGCAAAAGUGCUGGCGAGAGGGGUAACGGAAUUCCAGGGGAUUUCGCGCGAAACUACGGACGACGAGGGACCUCGAAAAAUCGCAGGGCAAGGGUAAUCCAUUCGAGUGUUUGUGUGAAUUGAUACACAAAUAAAGGAAUUUCAAGUGGAGAGCGAUAAAAACGCGCGUGUGCCUGGAGAGGAUUGGUUGAUUGGUUGUCCGGAUAGGUAACUGACCUCCCAUUGCAAGUCCCGAGGCUGCUCCAUAACCACCAGUCCGACGGAUCACGGCCCACCUGCGAUAUGUGAUCAGUGGGUGCUGUCCCGUGGUUUAUGCAAUGUUCUAGCUCUCGACGCCGAGAAGCAGAAGCAGCCGGUGCGGGAAGAGCCAGGAGGAGCCUGUCCAGAUGACUGUGACCACCAUGGAGGCACAGAUCAAGGCAGCACAUCAUCAUCAUCACCACCACCACGACGGCGGCGGCGGCGGAGGAGCCCAGCACAAGCAGGAGGAGGAGGAUCCCGUCGAGGACGAGAUGAGCCUUCUGCUGGUCAACAAGAACUAUCACUAUGACGCCGCCUCCGAGCUGGACGACGAAGCCUUUGUGGAACUCAAGGAGGAGUCGCAGCCCGCAGGCGCUUCCUUCUACAAUCCAGAUGAACAGCUGCUCGAGGAGCAGCCGCAUCCGCAUCCGCAGGUCACCUGGCUGGACGACGACGAGAUCGAGACGCUGGAUCGCGUCACCCUGGACAUGGGCAACAUGUUCUUCAACCGCGUCGACAGCCAGGACAUCAUAUACCAGCAGAAGAAGAAGUGCAUCAAGAUGGUGGGCAAGUACAUCAUGGGCGAUGUCCUCGGCGAGGGCUCCUACGGCAAGGUGAAGGAGGCCAUGAACUCGGAGAACCUCUGCCGGCUGGCCGUCAAGAUCCUGACCAAGCGCAAGCUGCGCCGGAUCCCCAAUGGCGAGCAGAACGUCACACGGGAGAUCGCCCUGCUGAAGCAGCUGAAGCACGAGAAUGUCGUCGAGCUGGUGGACGUCCUCUACAACGACGAGAAGCAGAAGAUGUACCUGGUGAUGGAGUACUGCGUCGGCGGGCUGCAGGAGAUGGUGGACUACCAGGCGGACAAACGGAUGCCGCUGUUCCAGGCCCACGGCUACUUCCAGCAGUUGGUCGACGGUCUGGAGUACCUGCACAGCUGCCGGGUCAUCCACAAGGACAUCAAGCCGGGCAACCUGCUGCUAUCCCUCGACCUGACGCUCAAGAUCUCCGACUUCGGGGUGGCCGAGCAACUGGAUCUGUUCGCGCCGGACGACACUUGCACGACGGGCCAGGGAUCUCCGGCCUUCCAGCCACCGGAGAUCGCCAACGGACACGAGACCUUCGCCGGCUUCAAGGUGGACAUUUGGAGCAGCGGAGUGACACUAUACAACCUGGUCACUGGACAGUAUCCCUUCGAGGGAGACAACAUCUACCGGCUGCUGGAAAACAUCGGGCGAGGUCAGUGGGAGGCGCCCGAGUGGCUCUAUGAGCUGGACCCAGACUUCGCCAACUUAAUCCUGGGCAUGCUGCAGGCUGAUCCCAGCAAACGCCUCUCCCUUCAGGAGAUUCGCCACGACACUUGGUUCAGAUCCGCCCCGCCGGUGACCGGCCCACCGAUACCCAUUCCCCCGCUGAAGGGCGACAAAUACCGCAGCUCCACAGUGAUACCUUACCUGGAAGCCUACCACUACGGCGAUCAAGAUCAAGAGGAUGUCUACUUCACCGAGCACGAUGUGAACCAGGAGCUCGCCCGACAAGCCCAAGCUGCGGCAUCCGAGAUCCGGUCCAAGCAGUCGGCGGCGGCCCAAGCUGCCUGCCACGCCUACGAGCCGCCUUCCACAAGUGCUGCUGCAGCUGCCGCCGCCGCAGCCGCCUCCGGAAAUUCCCUAGGCAACGGAAGCAGGGAGGAGGCGCCGGUCAAGAAGAAGGGAUCGGCCCUGAAGCGGCGCGCCAAGAAGCUAACGUCCUGCAUCUCCGUACGCAAACUGAGCCACUGCCGGACAUCGUAGGCACUAUCAAUGCCGCCACAAAACUUAGAAGCUAAGAUUAAUUGAAAGGAAUAACUUUGUUAACAAAUUGUGAGGAACUUUUUGGUUUUGUUUUAACGUUUUUGUUGUCCUACAUUCGCCAAGUAUUUGAACCCAUAGAACCAUGUAGGAAUGCCAGGAUCACCCUGGACGCCCGAGCAGCAGCAGUAGCAGCAUCGGCAAAGACUCUAAGUAAACUGAUGAAGGGAGAAGCGAGAUCGGGCGACACAAAAGCUAUAUAUCCAUGUGACAAUACUGUGUAUUAUAUGAAUCAAAUGAAAACGUAAAUUAGUCGUUAAUAUGUAUAUGAUGUACUGAAGGCAGCGGAGGAUUGCUGGAGGAGAUGGUGCCCAUCGGUUCGCACACAUAAAGAAAGAUGUUCAAGUGAAAUUGUUGUUGGCUUCGUUAUAUUCUAAACAGACAGAUGAUGCGACUUCCAGGAGCCAUCGGUACAAUAACUGCUGGACAGUAUUUGCAAGGCCUAGGUUGAGAUUUUAAUUUUUACAAACCAAUGAAACGAAAAUAAAAGAAUCCAUUGAAGAUCAAAAUACAAA